AUGGAUUACUUAUUUUGGAGAGUGUUACCUCAGAUGAGCGAUCAUCAGUUUGUAUGGAUACUAUGGUAUAUAUGGAAAGCAAGGAACUGUAAGGUUUCUAGCAAUCUGGACAUUGAUGCAAGGGAUACACUAAAAUUGGCUGAAACGGAAUCUACUUUGUGGGCGGCAGCACAAGAGUUAAAUAUACAGCCUUCUAUAGCACCACAAGUACAUACACUUCCCACAAUUCCAGGGCGAUGGUGCUUCGUAGAUGGUUCGUGGAAGGAUAAGGAUUCUUUUUCGGGACAAGGAUGGAUCAGCACUCUGGAAGGUUUUCAGAGUCUAAUGGGGGCGCGAAAUGUUCGGGCAACUAUGUCCCCUCUUAACUCGGAGGUGGAGGCAUUGAUUUGGGCAAUGGAAU